CUGGGAACAAGUUACCCAUAAUGCAAUUGUCCAUUCAUCGGUAAGUGUCUAGUCUCGCUUAGCAUCACGGUCCAGCUCAAAUUUUGUCAAAGUCAUUCCAACAUGGCGGCCGGUACGGCUGUAAUGCAUUUGCCAAGCACGAGAAGCACCGUUAAGAAGGAAGAACCUGCUCGUAGAGUCCAGAAAAUAAAGGCAGAUGAGAUGGAAGUAGAAGAGGAGAAGCAACAUGAAGGAAUUCAACAAUACUACAUCACCAAGAUUGAGGCUCUCCAGAUGGUUGUCACAGAAGAAAUCAAGAACUUGCGGAGACUUGAAGCCCAGAGAAAUGAGCUAAAUGCUAAAGUGAGAAUGUUGAGAGAGGAAUUGCAGCUGCUGCAGGAACAAGGCUCGUAUGUCGGUGAGGUGGUUAAACCCAUGGACAAGAAAAAGGUUUUAGUGAAGGUUCACCCAGAAGGGAAAUUUGUGGUUGAUAUUGAUAAAUCAAUUGAUAUGAGCGAGGUGACCCCAAACUGCAGGGUGGCUCUUAGGAACGACAGUUACACUCUUCACAAGAUUUUACCAAACAAGGUGGAUCCUCUUGUCAGUCUGAUGAUGGUUGAGAAGGUUCCUGAUUCAACUUAUGAGAUGGUUGGUGGUCUAGACAAACAAAUCAAGGAAAUCAAAGAGGUAAUUGAGUUACCUGUGAAACAUCCUGAGCUUUUUGAGGCCCUUGGAAUUGAUCAACCCAAGGGAGUGUUACUGUAUGGCCCACCAGGAACUGGAAAGACCCUUCUCGCUCGAGCUGUUGCACACCACACGGAAUGCACUUUUAUCAGAGUCUCAGGCUCAGAGCUGGUUCAGAAGUUCAUUGGUGAAGGUGCUAGAAUGGUCAGAGAGCUGUUUGUCAUGGCAAGGGAACAUGCUCCUUCUAUCAUUUUCAUGGAUGAAAUUGACUCCAUUGGAUCAUCAAGAUUAGAAGGUGGAUCUGGAGGGGACAGUGAAGUUCAAAGGACCAUGUUGGAGCUGCUAAACCAGCUUGACGGGUUUGAAGCAACCAAGAAUAUCAAAGUUGUCAUGGCAACAAACCGCAUAGACAUCUUGGAUUCAGCUCUUUUGCGACCUGGGCGUAUUGACAGGAAGAUUGAGUUUCCACCACCCAAUGAGGAGGCAAGAUUGGACAUCCUGAAGAUUCACUCGAGAAAGAUGAAUUUAACAAGAGGCAUUAACCUCAGAAAAAUUGCUGAACUCAUGCCUGGCUCAUCAGGAGCUGAAGUGAAGGGUGUUUGUACAGAAGCAGGCAUGUAUGCUUUGAGGGAAAGAAGAGUUCAUGUCACACAGGAAGACUUUGAAAUGGCAGUCACAAAGGUCAUGCAAAAGGAUUCGGAGAAAAACAUGUCGAUCAAGAAACUUUGGAAGUAAAACAGCUGGACCCAAUACAGAUUAUAAUCUUCAAAACAAAAAAAGCAAAUUGAUUUUCUACAAUUAUCUUAAUGCUGUUCUUGUUUAUUUCACUUGGAAAGUCAUUCCAUCAAGCAAGCAAGCAACAACACAAGGAGAAUAGACAAUUUAAAACAAACUCUUGGGUACGAUAAACUCGUACAUGUGCAACAGCCAUGUUUGGCAUUUUUCAAAUAGACUUCAACAUCAUUAUACAAAGUAUUUAAGAUAGCUCUUUUUGCACACAUCAUUUCAAAAUGUACAUGCUGCACUGUGCCACAGGACAAGUACAGUGCUGUGCCUUGAGGGUGGGUAAUUAUAGACUGUAAGAUCACCUUUACCAUGGUUUAGUUUUGUGUAGUUCAGCAAGUGUAUGGAUGCAAGAUUUUGGUGUGGCUACACAUCAAGCAGUUACUCAACUAACGUUUGAUUUUGGNUU